CAAGCAACAAAGCAACAGGGGGAAAAAGUGCUCGUGAAAAAAGAUCGCGACGUGGCUCAGCAGCAUCAGGUGCCCAUCAUAGCACUAAUAUUCAUCAAAGCCCAGGGUCACAACAAACCCUUAAUGCUAAAACAGAUGAGCAAUAUAAUAAACUGGCAGUAGAAACAUUAGAAGAACUGGACUGGUGUCUGGAUCAGUUGGAAACAAUACAAACACAUCGCUCUGUCAGUGACAUGGCAACCAGCAAGUUUAAAAGGAUGUUGAACAGAGAACUAAGCCAUUUUGCUGAAUCUAGUAAAUCUGGAAAUCAAAUAUCUGAGUAUAUUUGUAACACAUUUUUAGACAGACAACAAGAAAUAGAUUUGCCAGUGACAAAAAAUGAUGAGUCAGAUAUAAGUACCAUACAGAAUAAAAAAGAAAAAAAGAAAUCCACACCAAUGUCUCAGAUCACGGGUGUGCGGAAACUACGGCAUACAAACAGCUUUACAGGCAACAUGCCUAAAUAUGGUGUUGAAACAGCUCAUGAAAUGGAACUUGCAAAGAUUCUAUGUGACAUAGAUAGAUGGGGAGUUGACAUGUUCAAGAUCUCUGAGCUAUCAGGAAAACGACCUCUUACCGCAGUCACUUACCAAAUUUUUAAGGAACGAGAUUUAUUAAAGACAUUCAAAAUCCCUCCAAAUACUCUAGUCACAUAUCUUAUGCAUUUAGAAGAUCAUUACAGAGAUGUACCCUAUCACAAUCGUAUGCAUGCUGCUGAUGUGACUCAGUCCACACAUGUCUUACUGUCAGUACCUGCUUUAGAGAAUGUGUUCACAGACCUAGAGAUCCUGGCAGCUAUAUUUUCUUGUGCCAUCCAUGAUGUAGACCAUCCAGGGCUAACCAAUCAAUUUCUAAUAAACACAAGUUCGGAGCUAGCUCUUAUGUACAAUGAUGAUUCAGUACUGGAGAAUCACCACCUGGCUGUUGCCUUUAAACUUCUACAAGAGGAGAACUGUGACAUAUUUACUAAUCUGUCAAACAAACAAAGGCAGACAUUACGGCGCAUGGUGAUUGACAUGGUGUUAGCUACUGACAUGUCAAAGCAUAUGAGCUUACUCGCAGACCUGAAGACAAUGGUUGAAACUAAAAAAGUGGCUGGAUCUGGGGUACUGCUCCUUGAUAACUACACAGAUAGGAUACAGGUAUUGCAAAAUAUGGUUCACUGCUCAGAUUUGAGUAACCCAACAAAACCACUGGACAUAUACUGUGAGUGGACGAGACGAAUAAUGGAAGAAUUCUUCAAACAGGGAGAUAUUGAACGAGAACGAGGGCUGGAGAUCAGUCCAAUGUGUGACCGGCAUAAUUCUACAAUUGAGAGGACACAGGUUGGCUUCAUAGACUUUAUAGUACAUCCUUUGUGGGAAACUUGGGCAGACCUAGUGCACCCAGAUGCCCAGGAUAUACUAGACACUCUGGAGGACAAUAGAGACUGGUAUCAAACUAUGAUUCCAGUCACACCCUCAGGUUCAUUUACUGACUCUAAGAACAACACUCCACUAGAUGGAGAAACAACACCAAAUGAAGAGACUAAAUUUCAAUUUGAUUUGACUACGGAUGAUGACAAUGCAUCUAAAGACAGGGGACCCGAUGGUUCCAUGAAGUCUAGUAUUGUGGAUGAAUCUGAACCAAACAUCUGAAUUGAAUGGUUAGUUAUCAAUUGCACAAGACAACUGGCCAUUGAGUUUGUAAAAUCAUGAUGUCUGAUUACAAUGUGGUAACUGAAACAGUUUUGAACACGAUGUUAAAACCUAAGGUUCAAAAUAAUUUAUAUCCAAUAUAGCCCUUGGCUAUUAUGUGAAGUUAUAAAAGCAUGAAGUCAGUGUCCACAUUAUAUACGAGGGGUGAUCAAUAAGUAAUGGACGCUUUUUUACACAGAUACUUUUUAUAGACCAAUCCCUUUGAUUUUCCUACCAUCAUUCAAUUAUCUAUCAAUUCUGAAGAUUUGAAGACAAAAUAUAUAAUACAUAUUGAUAUAUCCUUAUUUACGAGAAGGAGGUAUAGGUACCACGAGACCGACAUUUACACCACAUAUUCAGUUUUUAGCCAGUUUGGUAAAUUGCAGUUAGAUUUG